AUGAAGCUGAUCACCCUCAUCGCCGUCUCCACCUCAGUGGUCUCUGCUCUCGAAUGGCUCCCCGUCGUUCCGCUUCACGCGCGACAGUUGACCAGUGGCCCCAAAUAUGACUGCCACGCCGACUGCGGCUAUGCGAUCCUCGACGCCAAGCAGGGGAACUACUGCACGAACGAGACGUGGACUGGAUUUCUACAAGACUGCCUCGAGUGCGCCGAGCAGUACGAUAUCUGGCAGUACUACGGCGACGGCGUGACGGAGGCCGCUGAGGGAUGUAACCUUGACGCCACGCCUGUUUCUGCUUCCAACAGCACGAGCAAUGCGACUGCCACGACCGGAACGAGUGCAACGGGAUCUACAACUUCACCAACUGCUACCGGGACUGCCGCUUCGACCGAUGAGUCGAGUGCCGCAAAUUUGAACAGACCGGCAAUCGUUGUGUUUUCAGCUGCCAUACUUGUGGCUGCUCAUCUUCUGUGA